GCGGACAAGAUGGCGGCGCGCGGUGAGGACCGGGAGGCUCCGGAGGCGCCUUCGCCGCCCCCCCCGGGCCCGGGCGGCGGCGUCAACGUGUUCGCGAACGACGGCAGCUUCCUGGAGCUCUUCAAGCGCAAGAUGGAGGCGGAGGAACAGCAGCGGGAGCGCGAGGCGGCGGCGGCCGCGGAGGCGUCCGGCGGCGGCGGCACCGGGCUCGGCCCGCAGCGCGGGGCCGACGGCGCGAAGAGGAGCGGCGGCGCGCUCAGCUUCGUGGGGCGGCGGCGGGGGGGCAACAAGCUGGCCCUGAAAACGGGAGUGGUGGCCAAGAAGCAAAAGACGGAUGAAGAGGUGCUGACGAGUAAAGGCGAUGCCUGGGCCAAGUACCUGGCAGAGGUGCAGAAGUACAAAGCUCACCAGUGCAGCGACGACGACAAGACGCGGCCCCUGGUCAAAUAGCACCGGCCCCCCCCCAAAAAACCUGCGGUGGGGGGGGCCCAAGCCCGGACCCCCCAAAACAGCUGGUCAAACAGGCUCCCCUCCCCAACCCCACCCCCCCCCCAAAAUACCUGUUGGGCAGGGGCCCUGACCCCAGACCACCCCUCCAAAAGUACCUGCUGGAAAAGCACUGA